UUCACUUCCUUCUUGACAGAGCUAUAUCCGGGUCGUUGCUUUCCCUAUUGUCUCAGUCGGCCUCAGACUGUGGAAGUUCUGGGUUUUUGUUGCUUCUGGUGCAGGCUAAUAAAGUUUUUCUUUCUUUUAUUUUUCUUUCUAGUUUUUCGUGGGCAGUUGCCUCCGCAGGGCGGCCGGGUUGGGCUGGCUGCGGGGCCGGCGCUCGAGGCGCCGUGGAAGGGGCGCCGGGGUGGAGGGCGGACGAGGGUGACAGUGGGCUGCCCCGGGGUGGCCCCUGCUCGGUCGGCCGGGCCGCCCCGCUCAGUUGCUCCUUUGGGACUUGUCUCCGUGGCCCUCGGCGCGUCCCGGCUGCCUUGCCUCCCGCAGCCUCUCCCUAGGUCUCCUCCAAACGACCACCUCACGGAUUCCUUAUGGACCGCAGCUCCAAGAGGAGGCAGGUGAAGCCUUUGGCAGCUUCUCUUCUAGAAGCUCUCGAUUAUGAUAGUUCAGAUGACAGUGAUUUUAAAGUUGGAGAUGCUUCAGAUUCUGAAGGGAGUGGUAAUGGAAGUGAAGACCCUUCAAAGGACAGUGGAGAAGGUUCCUGUAGUGAUUCUGAAGAAAACAUUUUAGAAGAAGAACUGAACGAAGACAUUAAAGUAAAAGAAGAGCAACUUAAAAAUUCUACAGAGGAAGAAGUAGGGCCAUCUGACAAACAGUUAAUUAAAAUGGAAAAGAAGGAAGAAGAAGAAAAUGGAGAAAGACCUAGAAAGAAGAAGGAGAAAGAGAAGGGAAAAGAGAAGGAGAAGGGAGAGAAGGAGAAAGAAAAAGCAACAGGAUCUGAUACUGUGGUUGCUUCUGCCGCUGCCACCGCGCCAGCCACGAGUCCUCCUGCUGUUACAUCCCCUCCUGCCCCCACUACAACCACCACUACGGAGGAGCAAGUCAGUGAGCCCAAGAAGUGGAAUCUUCGUCGAAACCGGCCCCUUUUGGAUUUUGUAUCCAUGGAAGAGCUGAAUGAUAUGGAUGAUUAUGACAGUGAGGAUGACAAUGAUUGGAGACCCACUGUAGUGAAGAGGAAAGGACGAACAGCAUCUCAGAAGGAGGGCAGCGAUGGAGACAAUGAGGAUGAUGAAGAUGAGGGAAGUGGGAGUGAUGAAGAUGAGAAUGAGGAGGGCAAUGACGAAGACCAUAGCAGCCCAGCUAGCGAAGGGGGUUGCAAGAAGAAGAAGAAUAAAGUUCUUAGCAGAAACAGUGCUGAUGAUGAGGAACUGACCAAUGAUAGCCUGACCCUAUCUCAAAGCAAGAGUAAUGAGGACUCGCUGAUUCUUGAGAAGAGUCAAAACUGGAGUUCUCAAAAAAUGGACCAUAUUCUGAUUUGCUGUGUUUGUCUUGGAGAUAACAGUGAAGAUGCAGAUGAAAUAAUUCAGUGUGACAAUUGUGGCAUUACAGUUCAUGAAGGUUGUUAUGGAGUCGAUGGGGAGAGUGACUCUAUUAUGAGUUCAGCUUCUGAAAACUCCACUGAGCCUUGGUUUUGUGAUGCCUGUAAAUGUGGUGUUUCUCCUAGCUGUGAACUGUGUCCAAAUCAGGAUGGAAUUUUCAAGGAGACAGAUGCUGGAAGAUGGGUUCACAUUGUUUGUGCCCUGUAUGUUCCUGGGGUAGCCUUUGGAGAUAUUGACAAAUUACGACCAGUAACACUAACAGAAAUGAACUAUUCCAAAUAUGGUGCCAAGGAGUGUAGCUUUUGUGAAGACCCUCGCUUUGCUAGAACUGGAGUUUGCAUUAGCUGUGAUGCAGGGAUGUGCAGAGCCUAUUUUCAUGUUACCUGUGCCCAGAAGGAAGGUCUGCUUUCAGAGGCAGCAGCAGAAGAGGAUAUAGCGGAUCCAUUUUUUGCUUAUUGUAAGCAACAUGCAGACAGGUUAGACAGAAAGUGGAAAAGAAAAAACUACUUGGCUCUCCAGUCCUAUUGUAAAAUGUCUUUGCAAGAGCGAGAAAAGCAGCUGUCGCCAGAAGCACAGGCAAGAAUCAAUGCCCGACUUCAGCAAUAUCGUGCCAAGGCAGAACUGGCACGAUCUACCAGACCCCAAGCCUGGGUUCCAAGGGAAAAGUUACCCAGACCACUCACUAGUAGUGCUUCGGCCAUUCGUAAACUGAUGCGCAAAGCAGAACUAAUGGGGAUCAGUACAGAUAUCUUUCCAGUGGACAAUUCAGAUACUAGUUCGAGUGUGGAUGGAAGAAGAAAACAUAAGCAACCAGCCCUCACUGCUGACUUUGUCAAUUACUAUUUUGAGAGAAAUAUGCGCAUGAUUCAAAUUCAGGAAAAUAUGGCUGAACAAAAGAAUAUAAAGGAUAAAUUAGAGAAUGAGCAAGAAAAGCUUCAUGUAGAAUAUAAUAAGCUCUGUGAAUCUUUAGAAGAACUACAAAACCUGAAUGGGAAACUUCGAAGUGAGGGGCAAGGAAUAUGGGCCUUACUUGGCCGAAUAACAGGACAGAAGUUGAAUGUACCAGCAAUUUUGCGAGCACCCAAGGAGAGAAAACCAAGUAAAAAAGAAGGAGGCACUCAAAAGACAUCUACUCUUCCUACAGUGCUCUAUAGUUGUGGAAUUUGUAAAAAGAACCAUGACCAGCAUCUCCUUUUAUUGUGUGAUACCUGUAAACUCCAUUACCAUCUUGGCUGCCUUGAUCCUCCUCUUACAAGGAUGCCAAGAAAGACCAAAAACAGUUAUUGGCAGUGCUCAGAGUGUGACCAGGCGGGAAGCAGUGACAUGGAAGCAGACAUGGCCAUGGAAACCUUGCCAGAUGGGACCAAACGAUCAAGAAGGCAGAUCAAGGAGCCAGUGAAAUUUGUUCCUCAAGAUGUGCCACCAGAGCCCAAGAAGAUUCCAAUAAGAAACACGAGAACCAGAGGACGAAAACGAAGCUUUGUUCCUGAGGAAGAGAAACACGAGGAAAGAGUUCCUAGAGAAAGAAGGCAGAGACAGUCUGUAUUGCAAAAGAAGCCCAAGGCUGAAGAUUUAAGAACUGAGUGUGCAACUUGUAAAGGAACUGGAGACAAUGAAAAUCUUGUCAGAUACCCUUCAUGAGACCCAACUGUGCCACAGCUCAUCCUCGGAGGCAAUCCCGGAAACCUCUUUUAUAAGUGUGAUUUUAAAAAUGUGGAUAAAACUCUCAAUAGAGUAUAUAAAGUAAAAGAGAACAGCUAUCUUGUCCUUCCCAUAAGCUUAUCACUGCAAAAAGUACUUUUGCUUGUCAGGUUUGGAUAGAAUGUAAUUGAUUGGUUUGUUACUUGGAUAGACAAGGCAGUUAAUUUGCCUGUGUGCAUUUUUCUCUUUACUUCCUGUUCUUUCUUCUUUCUCCCUUUCUCCUUUUUAUUUCUUUAUUUUGUCAUUGCACUACUCAGAAACACUUGAUAUGUGCAUUAUUUUAAAAAAUAGUGGGCAAAUGUCUGUCAGAAUUGUCUUAGUAGGUAAAUGUCUUUCCCUCUUGCUUCUUUGGAAAUGAUGAUACACAGUUUUGGACCCAUGAAGACUUCAGGAAGCCAGUGAAACUUAAGUGCUCUGUGCUUCCUUGUGGUUGAAUAAUAAUCUCCCUGUUACUUGUUUGUAACAAAGACAAUGCUUUCCAUUGAUCUACUAGUCUCUGUCACCUAAUUUACUACAUGGAUUCACACAUGAAAAAAUAAUCCUGCAUUGGAAACAACUUUACACUCACAUGAAACGCUAAUUCUAUUUAUAAUAUUUAGCAAAAGUGAAAGACUUGUGAAGUAGAUGGUAUUCUAUUUUUGAGUAGUGUGAAAGUGCUAAUAUUAGCAUGAAGUUUUUAUAACUUUAGAUUUUAAGCUAAAGAAUAAACAUAUUAUCUGUGUUAGUCUUUCUUUUUUUUUCAGAAAUACCCAAAUUUGUUCAUUCCUUAUUGUUUCAUUUAAGUAUGAACUUUCUGUGUUCUAUAUAAGUUUACUUCUUUUAAACUUAAAUGUGAAGCUGUGAAAUGAGGGUGAUGCAACGCUUGUUGCGCGUACAGCCUGCCAGCUGAAAGAUCGUCACCAGCGUCUUUCUUUCCAGAGCUUUACAGAAUUAAAAUCUGAUCUUCAAACUUUACUGAUCCAGUUUUAAGUCAACGACAGAAAUACUUUGAAUAUUGCACCACUUAUUCUUGAACUGAUCUAGAAGAGACUGCUGAAAUUGAAGUGCACAUAUACAUGUAAAUUGUCAACACAUCUCUUGGAAUUUAAUUAUUUAUCAUUGUGAUUUUGG